AUGGAUGUCAAGGCAACUCCCAACGGGGUGGCCACUAUUGAGGACCGGAUCUUACGGAUCACGGGCUAUUACGGCUAUUACCCGGGAUAUUCCAGCCAAAAAAGUACCUCUAGAUCAUCUGUAAUCCGAUGCAAACCAGGAGCCAACUGUCCCAAUUCACACAGUAGCAUUGUUAGGCAGCUGUCCCCUUUGUCUGGUGCUGAAGAUUCUGCAGCCCCCAUUCUCGAACUCCAGAGCCGAGGUUCUUCUGGAGUUUGUGGACACAGCAGAGGGGAAAGACAAAACAGAUCAGGAGAGGAGGGGACACAGACCCACCCAGACAGCAAUAGCCCAGAAAACAGAGCCAAGACUCGCUGCCAGUCAUGUGCAUCUCUCUUUCUCAAGGCCAUCUGGGGAUUCUUGAUCAUUUUGUCUGUAUCAUCCUCUUGGGUUGGAACCACACAAAUUGUAAAGAUCACAUAUAAGAACUUCUAUUGUCCAUUUUUCAUGACUUGGUUUUCAACAAACUGGAACAUUAUGUUUUUUCCAGUCUAUUAUUCUGGGCACCUGGCUACUGCUCAAGAAAAGCAGUCUCCAAUUAAAAAAUUCAGGGAAUGCAGUCGGAUUUUUGGUGAAGACGGGUUGACGUUGAAGCUCUUUCUUAAAAGGACUGCUCCCUUUUCUAUCCUAUGGACUUUGACUAAUUACCUGUAUUUACUGGCUUUAAAGAAACUGACAGCCACAGAUGUCUCUGCCCUGUUCUGUUGUAACAAAGCAUUUGUCUUCUUACUUUCUUGGAUUGUGCUGAAAGACAGGUUCAUGGGAGUAAGGAUAGUUGCUGCAAUAAUGGCAAUCACAGGCAUUGUGAUGAUGGCAUAUGCAGACAAUUUUCAUGCUGAUUCAAUCAUAGGAGUGGCAUUUGCUGUUGGAUCUGCAUCUACUUCUGCUUUGUACAAGGUUUUAUUUAAGAUGUUUCUUGGAAGUGCCAACUUUGGUGAAGCGGCACACUUUUUUUCCACAGUAGGUUUCUUCAAUUUAAUCUUCAUCUCAUUCACACCAAUUGUCCUAUAUUUCACCAAAGUGGAGCACUGGUCAUCCUUCUCAGCCUUGCCCUGGGGCUGCCUCUGUGGAAUGGCAGGGCUAUGGCUUGCAUUUAACAUCCUGGUCAAUGUUGGAGUCGUACUGACUUACCCAAUUCUCAUCUCCAUUGGCACAGUGCUCAGUGUUCCCGGUAAUGCAGCUGUGGAUCUCCUGAAACAGGAGGUGAUAUUCAAUGUUGUCCGGCUGGCUGCCACCAUUAUCAUUUGCAUCGGGUUCCUGCUGAUGUUGUUGCCUGAAGAGUGGGAUGAAAUCACUCUGAGAUUCAUCAACAGCCUGAAGGAAAAGAAAAGUGAAGAACGUGUAGAUGAUAUGGCUGAGUCCAGUGUGCAUUUAAGAAGCAGGAGCAGAGCCAACGGCACAGUGUCUAUACCACUUGCUUAA